AAUUAAGGAAGGAAAAAAAAAAACAAUUUUAUUUUCUCUCUAUCAUCUAAAAAGGAAUGGAACCCAACGAAAGGCACCACCACCAAGAGCAGCAGCAUCUCACUUCUCCUUACUACCAUCCUUUCCAUCACCACCACCACCACAAUCCCACCACCGUCUCCGCCGCACCUUCAACCACCUCCGCCGGAAACUCGAUUCCAUCCUCCAACAAUGGUAAUUUGCCAAACGAUGGGUCUUCCUCUCUCGCGGUUUACCCUCACUCCGUGCCGUCUUCGGCUGUCACGGUUCCGAUUGAUCCAGUCAAGAGAAAGAGAGGUCGUCCCAGGAAGUACGAGACGCCUGCGCAAGCUUUAGCUGCUAAGAAAUUGGCUUCUUCUGCUAGCAAUUCCUCCGCCAGAGAAAGGAGAGAGCAAGCCGCCGCCGCUGCUGCCGCCGGCGUUUCGCCUUUGCCUAAAUCCGGGUCCAGAAAAUCCCUCUUGGGCUCUUUCGGAAAAACGGGGCAAAGUUUUACUCCACACAUUGUUAAUAUAACUCCUGGUGAGGAUGUGGCCCAGAAAAUUAUCCUAUUCGCUGAGCAAAGCAAGCAUGAGUUAUGCAUUCUCUCUGCAUCUGGCGCCAUCUCUAACGCAUCCUUGUCUCACCUCGCAUCAGGAACCAGUGUAUCUUAUGAGGGUCAGUACGAAAUCCUCUCACUCAGUGGAUCUUAUAUUCGGGGAGAGCAUGGUGGUAAAACUGGUGGCCUUAGCGUUUGUUUAUCUAGUGCAAAUGGUCAGAUCUUCGGUGGAGGAGUUGGCGGACUCCUAAAGGCUGCUGGUCCUGUUCAGGUGAUUCUGGGUACAUUUCAGCUAGAGAAAAAGAAGGAUGGAAGAAAUGGUGUGAAAGGAGAUGAUGCUUCAGGAAGUGGAAACUUGUUGCCUUCUCCUUCUGGCACAGAAUCUUUGCAUGGCUUCCAUUCUGGUAUGGAAUCUUCGGGAAGAAAUCCAAACGAUGAGCAUCAUCAUACUCUGACUAGUAGUGCAUUGGGUGGUGGAGCUCAUUUCAUGAUGCAACCACCUCAGGGUAUGCACAUGACACAUGCCCGGCCUUCUGAAUGGGGCGGUGCUGGUUAUGAUUUUUCAGGACUGAGAGGAAAUGGGUCAUCAGAAAAUGGAGAUUACGAGUAAAUGCAGAGCCAGGUUUGGGUAGAAGCCCAUGAGGCAAAUUUAAAAAGUUGUUAGGGGCCAAUUUGUGAAAAGAUGUGUUAUUACAGAUGGUUUAGGUUGUGGAGAUUCCUUGAAUGGAUCAAAAGUUCAGUUUCUGUUUUUUCUUUUUAUUUACGACACAUUUUCUCUAUUUUUUUUUUUUUGAGAGCCUUUGAAGUUUCGUUUUGUAUUUUUGACACUUUUUUUUAAUAAACAUUUUUUACAUAAAUAAUUGAAAGAUCAAAU